UGUUUGUUUUGUUUACAAACUGCAUCGUUCCGAGAAAGGAAAUAAACGUAAUGCAAAAAGGAUGGCGCUCCACGGUAGUCCAUUAAUCAGCCUCAAAAUAGAACUCAUCGAAGGAAGCACACACCUGGACGAUGUUGAUGAGCCGCAAGAGGAAAGUUGGGAAACAAAACCGUCGCCCUUGGUGGACGACUAUCCGGAGGGACCGGCGGCGGACGACGGCUACAUCUACGAGGUACUGGAAACUGAGAGCGAGUCCGAAAAUGCCGCUGAUUGCAGCACAAAACCAAAGCCCCAACGGAAGCGCCGUAGCUUCUGCACGAUAUGUGGCAAGUUUUUGAACAAUCUUGCCGAACAUCGCCGGAUGCAUCUGAACAUUCGCACCCAGCAGUGCCCGUACUGCGAGAAAACGUUCGUCCAUCGUACGAAUCUGAUCACGCACCUGAACAUUCACACGCACGAUCGCACUUACAAGUGCGAGUACUGUGGCAGCGAAUUUACGAGCGUGCAGGGGCUGAAGCAGCACCGGGCGACACACUUCGAGGGCCAGUACGCGUGCACCAUUUGCCACCGGAAGUACAGCCGCAAAUGUUACCUACGCAUCCACCAUGAGCGGGUACACAGGCCGAAGGAGAAGCACUGCUGUCUGAUUUGCGACCGACAGUUUCUCAAUCCCACGCUGAAGGAAAAGCACAUGAAGAUCCACGAGGACGGUACGCUCCACGAAUGCAGCCUGUGUCAUCGAGCGUAUAAUGCAAAGCGAAAUUUGCUAAGACACAUACGAACAGCUCAUCCGGAGCGAGGGCAGAGCGAUAGUAGAAGCACAUCCCUGUCAUGACCACGGUCGUCCAACAAAGUCGUUUUGUAAAUAUAUGUUCUGUACGCUGUCUGACUGA